AUUAUACAAUAGCUGUUAAAUAAUUAAGCACCUAAGUUAAAUAAAGGUAUAACUACUAUGUUGCAAGACUUUCUAAAUGAGUUCAACAUGGGGGCCAGACGGCCCAAUACCUUCAGUAAUGGCUACAGAUGUUACUCCAGCAGCUUUGGGGCACUGUCUGAUCAAAAAAGUAAAGAUAUACAAAAAGGGGGUAAGAUUAUUAUGCCGCCUUCAGCUCUUGAUCAACUGAGUCGGUUAAAUAUCUCUUAUCCAAUGUUGUUUAAGCUUACCAACUCACCCAAGGGUAGAUCAACUCAUUGUGGUGUGCUCGAGUUUGUUGCAGAAGAGGGAGUCAUUUAUCUUCCUUAUUGGAUGAUGCAGAACUUACUCCUUGGAGAAGGAGAUCUUGUUCAGCUGGAAAAUUGCACUUUACCAGUCGCCACAUACGCUCGCUUUCAACCACAAUCCACUGACUUUCAUGAUAUUUCCAAUCCAAAAGCUGUACUGGAAAAUGCACUUCGUAACUUUGCUUGUUUGACUAAAUCGGACAUGAUUGCAAUCCAGUACAAUAGUCGACAGUAUGAACUUUGUGUGCAGGAGGUUCGGCCCCAGAAUGCUGUUUGCAUCAUUGAGUGUGAUAUCAGUUUGGAGUUUGAUGCUCCCGUUGGUUAUGAGCCACCAGUACCAAAGCCAAAACAGGUGGAGUCUGAUAUGAUAGUUGGGACACCAGAUAUGAAAAAAGCAAUAGAGGAGUACAUGAAAGAGACAAGUGGCUUCUCUGCAUUUGAAGGAACUGGGAAUCGCUUGGAUGGGAAGAAGAAAAGGACGAGGCAGAAGAAAGUUGAGAUUGAUGUGAGCAACAUCGAACGUGGUGUUCCAAAUUAUAAGUGGAAGUUUGGACAAUUGACUUUUAUUCGUAAUAAUGAACCAAAAAAGCAAACAGCUGACACUGAUACGUCAAAUGAUUUUGCAGUCUUUAGUGGCACCGGACAAAAGAUAAGAAAAAAGAAAAGCAAAAACAAUUAAAUAUUUUAAAUAUAUAUGUACUGAAUAAAUCCUGAAAGUUCUAUAAUUUAUAUAUUCACCCUUCUGCAUGUAUGGAAUAAACAGUAGGUGUGCAAUCUACACACUUAACCAUGUUAACAUGGGUAUAUUAAGGUUAAAAACAACGUACUUUAAUGUAUCUAAAUACAUAGCGGUUAGUUAGUUUCCAAUUCAUUUUUAAAUGUACAAAUUCUGUGUUUUGUUGCAAUAUUGCCUAUAUGUUUGUGUUUCAACAGUUGCUUAUAUCUUAUGGCUGGUUCUAAGUGGUUAUCUUCAUAGUUUGUUAACUCUCUUAGUUUCCUAAAAUUGACAUAAUGUCACAGUUUUAUUUACAAAUACUCUGGAUUCUUAUUUCCUGUAUUAAAAUUUACAGGUUACCAUAC